AAGCAGCAUCAGGAGGCUGUGUGGAGCUUCUUGGACCUUCCGCCCGGCUCGGUCGUUUUGUCUCGCAGAGGAAAUAUUUCUUCUCCGACAGCAACCAUGACUUCGGUUCAGGCUCUGAGAGAGUUUAUCAACGAGCGCCUAACUGCUGCAGCUGGAGAAAUAUUCACCGUGUUCGAACGAACUAUCAUCCAAUAUGAGGAGGAGAUUGAUCGGCAGCGAAGACUGUUGGAAAUGAGCUGGAAACCGCACAUCCGGUUCCACAGAACAGAGUCUCCACGGCCCCAUAACUGGAGGAAGGAGCAGCUCUUUGAACAGGAAACGAAUUACAGUCCAGAGCAGAGGCAGCCAGAACCUCCACAGAUCAGAGAGGAGGAGGAGGAGGAGGAGGAAGAACCGGGAGCUCUACACUUUAAAGAGGAACAGGAGGAAACUGAACUUCUGCAGAUCAAAGAAGAAGAGGAAGAGGACGAACCAGGAAUUCUACAGUUUCAUGAUAACCAGGAGGAACCAGAUCCUCCACAGAUCAAGGUGGAACAAGAAGAGCCAGGACUCAUAGAGAUUACAGUGGACCAGGAGGAACCAGAAUCUUCACAGAUUGAGGAGUGCCAGGGGGGAGAGCGGCUUCACCUUGUUUGUGAUGAAACAUCUGGUAAAAUUGUCCAUAAACAACGUACUUUAUGUCAGAACUUAAAAACCGCCGCUGAUAAGAAGAAAAUAGAUUGUGAAGUCUGUGGAAAAAGUUACAACCGACAGAGUGAGUUGUUGCGCCACAUGAGAACUCACACAGGUGAGAAGCCGUAUCCCUGUAAAACAUGUGGGAAACGUUUCGGCGUCCAGAGCACGCUGUUGGUCCACAUGAGAAUCCACACAGGCGAGAAGCCGUACACGUGUCAGAUAUGUUCUAAAAGUUUCAGCCAACACAGCAAUCUGUUGGUCCACAUGAGAACCCACACAGGCGAGAAGCCGUAUUCUUGCGAAUUUUGUGGCAAGUGUUUUCAUCAACAGAGCAGUUUGAUGAGCCACAUGAGAACUCACACGGGUGAGAAGCCGUAUCCUUGUCAAGAAUGUGGGAAAAGAUUCAGUCACCGUAACUCAUUGUUGCACCACAUGAAAGCUCACAAAGACACAAAGUCGUGAAAGACGGUUCUCUUUCAGGAAGUCCAGCUCCUGCCCGGAAUAUCGGUGGGCCGGCGUUUUCAGACAGCCCUGCUUUUUUAUGUGUUUUGAAAACUGUUGUUAAAACUCUUGUAUGAGAUGUGAACUUUGAAGAAGUGGGUUUUGUGUUUUAACUAACAUGAAUGAAUCGUAACUUAAUUUUUCCACCCUUUUUACGCUUUGUAAGAAAAAGCCUUUUUGCUUACGUGCCUGCUGAACUACGCCCGUCGUUACAGAUUUUUAAUAGUUACGUUUGCUUUUAAUAAAAUUGCAGUAUUGAAUUGAAGAUUUCAUUAUUAAGACGAUGAAAUGUGUUUAAUUUUGCAGUACAGGGAUUCUUGUUCAUGUGGGAAUCACAUGACCGGGACCUGUUGGACAGGUGCAUCAUGGGAAAAUGCACAAAGUCAGCACAGUUUUGGACAGAGACUUUAGUCUGCAACAGGUCUGAUAGUGCACAUGGUUGGUGUUUAUUUUGUGUGCACCGUCAGUGUGCCUUUAUUUAAUGAAAUGUCUUAUUUUCUGUGGCUUUGUAUUAUUGGGAAUGUACGCUUAAUGAUGUGGAAUAAUGCUUUGUUUUCAAGGUCCUCAGGAACACAGUGUGAAGGCCGCUCUGUUUUGUCUGAAGUCACUUGGAAACAGCGUCUGCUAGU